AUGGAUACGAAGUUUUUCACAAUUGCUGAUAUUAAACGUGAAAUUUCAACUAUGAAACUGAUCAGACACCCAAACGUUAUCCGUAUGUAUGAGGUGAUGGCUACCAGGACGAAAAUAUAUAUAGUCAUGGAAUUUGUGACCGGUGGGGAAUUGUUUGACAAAAUUGCAAGUAAAGGAAGGUUGAAGGAAGAUGAAGCUAGAAAGUAUUUUCAGCAACUUAUUAAUGCUGUGGAUUACUGUCAUGGCAGAGGUGUAUUUCAUAGAGACCUAAAGCCAGAGAAUUUACUGCUGGAUGCUAAUGCAGUUCUUAAUGUUUCGGAUUUUGGAUUAAGUGCACUACCACAACAAGUUCGAGAAGAUGGAUUGCUUCACACAACAUGUGGUACGCCAAAUUAUGUUGCUCCAGAGGUGAUCAACAACAAAGGCUAUGAUGUAGCAAAGGCAGAUCUACGGUCAUGCGGUGUGAUUCUUUUUGUCUUGAUGGCUGGAUAUUUAACUUUUGAAGACUCGAACCUUAUGUCAUUAUAUAAGAAGGUAAAUUGCUCUCUGUCCCUCUCUCUCCAUUAAUUCAUUCUUAGAAUGUACCAGGAACAUUUU